CAAGGAGCUAGCAGAAGUAGGAGUCAACAAAUCUGAACAAGCACAGCAUUGAACACUUCCCCUGUGAACCCUUACCCUAAACUGGUCCCGUUGCUACCCACCGAAUUUAACCCUUUUUAGCAGGGAACACGCCCAAUACAUCAGAGCCGGCCGCUUGCUCAGCUCCAUGCCAACAUACCACCAUAAACGCAACAGCAGGAGGCCGGGGCAGGAGAGAAAAAAGCUCCUGCCGCCGCAGGCUAGCUGCGUAGGUCUCCUCCCCCUAGCCUGCUUCCCUACACAUUCCCCUUACCCUAAGCGCGCUCUUGGGGGGCGGCAAUGAGCGAGCGAGACGCGCAGCACGUCGGCGGCAGCCCCCCGGACACGGCCAUCGAGUCGUUCUCGCAGCUCCCCUUCGUCCGCCCCAAGCCGCCGCAGCCGGCGUCCUCCUCCAGCCCCUCGCCGAUCCGGCUGUUCGGCUUCGAGGUUCCACCCGACGCCGCCACGUCCUCCACCGCCACCAGCGACGCUGCCACGUCCAGCGCCACCGCGGGGAGCCAGGCGGCGGGGUCGGGUGCGGGCGGAGGCGAAGGCGACGGCGGCGGCGGCAGCGGAGGGCGCAAGUUCGAGUGCCACUACUGCUGCCGGAACUUCCCGACGUCGCAGGCGCUGGGCGGGCACCAGAACGCGCACAAGCGGGAGCGGCAGCACGCGAAGCGCGCGCAGUACCAGAGCGCCAUGGCCACGCACCACGCCCACUACCCCGGCCACCCCCACGCGUACCCCGCCUUCACCAGCUACCACCACCACCGCUUCGGCAUGGCGCGCUACGAGCCCCCGCCGGGGCCGCCGCCGCACUACCCCUCGUGGUCCAGCCACCUCCCGCAGGCUGCUCCGCCCGUGGUGCCCAGGUACUACGCCGGGGCCGGCUCCCUGUCGCAGCCGAUCAACGGCAGCCCGGUCCCGGCCGCCGCGCUCUGGCGGGUCCCGGCCGUCACCGUGGCCGCGCCGCUGGCACGCCAAGAGCGGCCAGCGCCGCUGUCCCUGCCAGGACGUGAGGAGGCAAUGGCAGCAGGAGCAAGAAGAGGGAACGCAGCAGCGGGGCAGGGCGGCUCGCGACUAUCCCUGUCCUCCUCGUCCUCCUCGUCCACCUCCUCGCAGCAUGAACGCCGCCGGGGAGAUGCUGCUGAGAACAGAGAGAAUGUGAGUCUGGAUCUCACCUUGUAAUUCUAGAGAGGAAAAAUGGGUGUGAUCAUUUAGCGGGUUUUCGUGAUGACUGAGGGAAAAAACUAUUCUUCUUUAGCUCUUGAAAUUGUUUAAUUAGGUAGCGGCGCUCGGUUGAGAGAUUCAUUUGUUCUACUUCAAUUUCUUUGUGAGAAAUGGGAGACAA